GAUUGGUCCAAUGUGCGUGACAACUCACAGUGCAGUAGAGUACACGAUUUGAAUUUACUUUCCGUUUACCACUUCGUGUCGAAUUCUCAUCAACAGAAGUGCAUUUGGUAAUUCAAUCUCAGAGCGGCGAGAAUAAUGAGCCAUGAUACCUGCAAGUCGUUUGAAAAAGUUGCCAAAAAGAUGGGGUGGAUGGAUGAGGGAGGACUGGAUGCAGCAGAGAAAAAGUUGAUGAAUAUAGUUGGCAAGACUCGUCACACUGGCACCAGUGCUCCUCAAUCAGUCUCUGAGUACAGAGGUAGGAUGCUGGGAGACUCCAGUGAUGAUGACUUUGACCAAUUUCUUAUGGAAAGGUCUACACCCCAAGCUAAAGCUGCUUCACAGAAGCCAUGCAGCGCUGCAAAGAAGGAAAGUUCAAAUGUUCUUGUGCUGAGUUCAGACGAUGAUGCCACUUUUGAAUCAUUUCUACAACGGGUAAAAACUCCUGACACCAAGCCUAAGAAAACAGUAGAAAGUCGGAGUGGGAGUGAAGACAGCCUCAAAAACUUCAUCGUGGAUGACUACUUAUCAGAUGAUGACUUUAUUGAGACCAAAUCAUCUUUUAAAGUUCCUAGGAAGAUCAAUACUCCAGCAUCCCGUCAUCCACCGAGGAAACCACUGGCUGAGUUUAACUCCCCAGUUUUUAUUAGUGACAGUGACGAUGAUGAAGAUGAUAAUAUUGUAGUCAACAGUACUUGGAGGACCCGUCACUCAAAGCCGAAGCCCCUGCUAAAGGCUCACAACAACUACUCCCCACUGUGCGAUGAAAAUGACGGUCCACCAUCACUGCCCCUGCCUCCUGUUCCUUCUUUUUCUCUUUCUCCCUGCAAAACUCCAGCACCAGCGACCUCUCCUAAGCACACUCUUUCAAUACCUUCUAACGUGGAUGAGUCGGACAGUUCUGAGGAGGAGUUUGCAUCCCUGCUAGAGAGGCUGAAAAAGAAAAACCAUUUUACAAGCACUUCAUUAACACCUAAGACCAGCAAAGAAUGCAGUAAGGAGCCUGCUGUGCUAGUUCCUCCUGUAAAGGGAUUUGCAACGAAAGGCUCCAGGUCAUUGGGGGAAACGCCUCUGCAUGUGAACACGUCAGAAAAAUCGUCCAUCUUGAAGCCCAAAGUCAUUCAGACAGAGCCCAGACGUGGUCCCAUCAGCAGGGUUGCAUUGUGCAAAACUCCAGACUGCUUCCUGCAGUCGCUCACAAACCCUGGCUCCAUAUAUGUGGCCAGUUUUAAGCGGAACAAAGAAGAACUCACAAGCAAACUCUACAGACUGUACAAUACCAGUGUGUUUGACAGCAAGCUCCCCACCGACAUGUCAGUGACUUGGAAUAAGAAGAUGCGGAAAACAGCUGGCUACUGUGUUACAGGCCAGGAAAGAGGAGGAGGGAACUGCUACGCCCGCAUUGAACUGUCAGAGAAAGUCUGUGACUCAGCAGAUCGUCUCAGGGACACUCUGAUACAUGAGAUGUGUCAUGCUGCAACAUGGCUGAUUAACGGUGUUAGGGAAGGCCAUGGAAACUUCUGGAAGCUGUAUGCUCGCAAAGCCACGCUGGCACAUCCUGAGCUGCCUAUGGUCACCCGCUGCCACAGUUAUGACAUCAAGUACAAAUUCCAAUACCAGUGCACUCGCUGCCAGAAUAAGAUCGGGCGCCAUUCCAAGUCCUUGGAUACAGAGAGGUUUGCGUGUGGUCUCUGCACAGGUCGGCUUGUCCUACUGACUCCUUCUAAACCACGUGCUCCCACACCAUUUGCCAACUUUGUCAAAGAAAAUUAUGGAAAUGUACGACAGGAGCUGGUGGGACAAAGCCAUGCAGAAAGUGAUGCGUAAACUUAGUGUAGACUUUGCUUCAAAGGCUAAAGUCAGUCAAAGCUGAGGCGGUAACUUUACAUACAUAUAGGAAAUCUGUUUAUAUUCUGAAAUACCUCCGUCAACUCGUUUCACAUCACUGAGCAGCUGUGAUUACUAAUGUUAAAUUUAUUUUGUCUUUCUGUGUAGUAUUAGAUUUGCUGUAACUAGAAAAAAUGAGCCUAAACAGCAAGUUCAUGUUCAAAUGCUCGUCUGUGUGCACUGUUGUGUGUGUGAGGUGAAUGAGGUUGGUGUCAAAUAAUGAAAUGCAUUGACAUUUACUUCUUCUUUUGAUUGGCAUUGUACUGGACCAGGAUAAAUAUUUGAUCUGAUCCAUAGUUGUUUUUUUAUGUUUGGCUGGUGGGAUUUUCCCACUAUUAACUCGACAAAUAAAGUUUAAAUUUGGACAGGUAA